AUGGAAGGGUUAGCGAACAAGAUCUUCGUUGUUACCGGCGCUUCCUCAGGGAUCGGUCUGUCAACCGCAAAAAUCCUCCUCGACAGUAGGGCAAAAGUCUUUGGUUGCGAUAUUGCGCCCGAGCCUGAGGCACUAUCCUCGCUUGAGAACUUCAGUUUCUUACAGUGCGACCUCACCGAGCCCAACAUACCUGCGAAGGUUGCCGAGAAAUGUGUUCAGGCCUUUGGCAAACGAAUCGAUGGGCUAUUGAACAUCGCUGGGAUUAUGGACAGCUAUAACAGUGUCGAUACACUGGAGGACGCCGCAUGGGAUCGCAACAUUGCCAUCAAUCUCACUGCCCCAGUGAAGUUGAUGAGGUCGAUUGUACCCAUCAUGAAAGAAAGUGGUGGCGGCAGCAUUGUCAACGUUUCCAGUAAAGCUGGGCUGAGUGGAGCGGUUACCGGUGUGGCAUAUACGGCAGCAAAGCACGGGUUGAUCGGUGCCACUAAACAAGUUGCUUUCAGAUUUCGCAACGACCACAUCCGCUGCAACGCUGUUUGCCCUGGAGGCGUUAUGACGGCGAUUACCGACUCUAUUGACAUGUCCAAGGUGGAUCAGGCAUCUCUGGCCGUUUUAAAGGGAGCUCACGACCUCAGCGUUAUUCCAGGGCGUAACAGAGCCACUCCUGAGAGCAUAGCAAAUAUCAUAGUCUUCCUCGCUUCUGACUUGAGUUCGGAAAUUAGUGGUGCGAUCAUAUCUGCUGAUUCCGCGUGGUGCACGAUAUGA